AUGGCGAAUCGCCUUCACAAGCUCACGGAGAGGUUCAAGACGGCCCUGGUCAUUGGCUUGGGCGAGUUCUGCGGUACCUUCAUGUUCCUGCUGCUCUCCUUCAUGGGGGCUCAGGCGGCCCUUGACAACGCGGAUGGCGGGAAGCUGGAUGCGUCGACGUUGCUGUACAUUGCAUCGUCGUUUGGGACGGCGCUGGCGGUCAAUGUGUGGGUGUUUUAUCGAGUUACGGGGGGAAUGUUUAAUCCUGCGGUCACUCUAGGACUCGUCCUGGUCGGGGCAGUGAAGCCACUCCGGGCCCUCAUCAUCCUGCCAAUGCAAAUCGCCGCCGGCAUCGCGGCCGCAGCGACCGUAUCAGGCCUGCUACCCGGCCCCCUCGGCGUGACCAACAGCCUGGGCAGCGGCACGAGUAUCGUGCAAGGCCUCUUCAUCGAGAUGUUCCUGACGGCACAGCUGGUGCUGACGGUGUACUUCCUCGCCGUGGAGAAGCACCGCGCCACAUUCCUUGCUCCCGUGGGCAUCGGCGUUUCCGUCUUCAUUGCGCACAUGGCCGGCACAAACUUCACCGGCACGGGCAUCAACCCGGUGCGGUCACUCGGCCCGGCGGUUGUGACGGGCAACUUCAAUGGAUAUCACUGGAUAUACUGGCUGGGGCCGUGCUUGGGAGCGUUGCUCUCAUUCACCGUCUAUAGCUUGCUCAAGGGCCUGGAGUAUCAGAUUGCCAACCCGGGUCAAGAUGCGGGUGACCCGGAGACGGCCAACGAGGAGGCGAUUGCGGCGGCGGAGAUGGGACAGGAGGGCCUGGCCAUGGUCCGGAGCAGGAGCAGGAGCAUGAGCGUGCCGAAUGACAUGGUGUUCAAGAAGGAGAGAGAGGCGGCCAUGAGGAGGGCUUCGGUGCCAGAGGAGAGCCCUGUGAGUGCGGCUGAUGUCGUUUGA